AUGGAAAUGGGAUACGAUUGUCCUCAACGUCAAACCACUGCUGAUUACUUGACAUCAUUGACCAAUCCUGAAGAAAGAGUGGUGUUCUCAGGUUACGAAGACAAGGUUCCAAGAACCUCAGUAGAGUUUGAGGAAUACUGGAAAAAGUCUCCACAAUACGCUGCUUUGAUCAAAGAAAUUGAUGAACACAUGGCUAAUGUUGAAGGUAACAACCAUAAAGAGCUGUACCACAACUCGCAUGUUGCCAGACAAUCUAAUCACCUUUCUCCAAGAUCUCCUUACACUGUUUCUUUCUUUAUGCAAACUAGAUACAUUAUGCAAAGAAACAUCAUGAGAUUCAAAGGUGAUCCUUCGAUUCCUAUUUUCUCCGUCUUUGGUCAGUUGGUUAUGGGUUUGAUUCUUUCUUCCGUGUUCUACAAUCUUAACCAAACUACUUCCUCCUUUUACUACCGUGGUGCCGCUAUGUUCUUCGCUGUGUUGUUUAAUGCCUUUGCUUCCUUGCUUGAGAUCAUGUCUCUUUUCGAGGCUAGACCCAUCGUCGAGAAGCAUAAGCAAUAUGCAUUAUACCGUCCAGCUGCAGAUGCUCUAGCGAGUAUUAUUACCGAGUUGCCUGUGAAGUUGACGAUGUCCAUGUCAUUCAACUUUGUCUUUUACUUUAUGGUCAACUUUAGACGGAACCCAGGUCGUUUCUUCUUCUACUGGUUAAUGUGUGGUGUUUGUACCUUGGUUAUGUCUCAUAUGUUCCGUUCUUUGGGUGCCGUUUCCACUUCUUUGGCAGGAGCUAUGACUCCAGCAACUGUCAUUUUGUUAGCCAUGGUUAUCUACACUGGGUUUUGUCAUUCCUACCCCUAA